AAAGCAGAAUAUUCUUAAAAUCUUACAAAUGGAAAAUGAAUGCGCUUUCCAGUGUUAUGAACCGUUCACAAUUGCAAAAAACUGAGUGAACCGGGAACAUAAAUGUCUUCACUCAUGAUAGCGUGAAGCACUUUUGCCAGCACUGUCACUUUAAAUUCGAAUCAGGUGACACCAAUGUUACGGAGCCUUAACUAAAUUAAUGCCAGCAUUAUUUAAGCCUUAAGGCAGUGUCUAUAUAUGAUGUUUACUUUAUGAAAUAAUAAACAUCCAAUUUCAAUUGCCUGAUAAACACGGACAGGCGAGCACUGUGGUAGGGGGGAACAAAAUAUUACUUGUACUUCCGGGACACGUCAACGAAGUCGCUGCAACACAGACGAAACUCCCCCCCUGCGUCAGCGGCGACAGACAGUGUUCCCCACAAGCCAUGGAGACUUUGUACAGCGUGCCGUUUUCUGUGCUGGAAUGUCCGAAUAUCAAACUGAAGAAGCCGUCGUGGCUGCACAUGCCCUCGGCUAUGACCGUGUACGCGGUCGUCAUCGUGUCCUACUUUCUCAUCACAGGAGGUAUCAUCUACGACGUUAUUGUUGAGCCGCCAAGCGUGGGUUCGAUGACUGACGAGCAUGGACACCAGCGGCCUGUUGCCUUCUUGGCGUACAGGGUAAAUGGCCAGUACAUUAUGGAAGGACUGGCCUCCAGCUUCCUCUUCACGAUGGGAGGCCUGGGCUUCAUAAUCCUGGACCGCUCCAAUGCGCCAAACAUUCCCAAACUCAACCGCUUCCUGUUGCUCUUCAUCGGCUUCGUCAGUGUGCUCCUCAGCUUCUUCAUGGCCAGAGUGUUCAUGCGCAUGAAGCUGCCAGGAUAUCUCAUGGGCUGAAGACAUAGCCCUUCACUUUAACUCAAAGAAAAUCGGAUGGACGAACGACAUUUAAUAACCAACACUAGUUCAGCUACAAUUAUGGAUAAACUCAACCUUUUGAUAUAAUCAACAACCAGUAAGGCUGAAAGCACAGACCUUUCUGAUGAAAUUUGACCUGGCAGCCCUGACAGUCUCACGCUGGCUGUGUCUCAUCCGUGUUAAGUGACUUCCUCCUCUUUUCUCCGCUGUUCUCAACAAUUUUGCGCGACAGACCCUUCAGCAGACCUCUUCCUGUAUGGUUAAAUCUAACAUCCAAUUUUCUCAAAUUUUUAUAAAGUAGCAAACUUUCACUAUACUGAAUCUGGAUGAAUCUGGCUUUUUAUUUUCAAUCUGCUGGGAGAAGCUAGAAGGGCCUUGCAGUGGAUGGGAAAAAAAUACUGAAACACUGGAGAAUACAGAGAAAGUUACUGGACACAGUUGGGAUGGAGCCAUUGCUUUGAAACCCAGAUUAGCACUGAGUGAAUUGUGUAAGGGGGGGUUCUGAUUUAUGUUAAAGUUGUGAUUUUUGUCAAGAAGUCCCAGUGAAAAGCCUUUAACCUGUCAGAUGCAUUUUUGUACGAGGUUGUGAAAUAAAAUUUUCCUUUUCAGA